UGGAUAGAGUUGGCAGCAACAUAUGUUUAAACAUUGUAUCAUUAUCUAAAAUGUCAAUAUGUAAAAUACUAGCUUGCUAGUUCUCCAGUUAUGUGUAAUUAACAAUAUGUUUUAUUGUACUAUGGAUUGUGUUUCUGUAUUGAGCGGAAUAUAUUUACAUUAGAUGAAUAAAUGAAAUAUAAAAUAUGAGUGAUACGGCACAGGAAUUGCAGCCAGUUGAGAGGGAAGAUGCGCCAAAGAAAUACGUGGCUGUGGUCUAUCAUCACGUGAGUUACCAGAAUGAAGAGGGCGUGGUGUCCCCUGCAAACGAUGGCGUGCUAUCACCAAAUAACGAGGAAGGGUCUUGCAAACUGGUAAGCAGACGGCAAGAAAAGAAGCUGACGGACGUUCCGGACUACUUUAUGCUGUCUUUGUUUUCAAUCGUAAUUUUCAUUCCGAUGGGUCUUGCAGCUUUUGCUAGCAGUCUUAAGGUCAGGAAAGCCAUCAAAAUGAAGGAUACUCCAAACGCUAUUGACGCUUCUAGCUGGGCAUUGCAGCACGCUCUAACAGCGAUAUUUGUAGGCCCACUCCUGGGCUGUCUGUUAUGUCUUUUUAUACUUUUACCUAUGUAUCAAAUACACGCAUAAUGAAGGAAAAACAUGUUGAGCUCUUUAAUUAACAUAUAAACUAA